AGUCAUCUCACUUCCUUAUCUCAAGCCUUCAGUUACUCUUUUUUCAAUUCUCUAAUAUUUCAUAUCUAUAGUAUUUUGAAAUCUAUAUAUUCCUUUGAUUGUCAAUUAUAUAUAACAACAUAUAUAGAAAUAUAUAAUGGGAUCUAAGCACAGAUUUUCUCAUGUGUUUUUGAUAGUCAUCACUAUCCUACAGAUUAUAAGUGUUUGCCAAGGUUACCAGUUCUUGGUUGGUGGAAAAGAUGGUUGGGUUUCAAACCCUUCUGAGAAUUUCAAUCACUGGGCUGAGAAAAACAGAUUUCGAGUCAAUGACACCCUCUUUUUCAAGUACAAACAAGGAUCAGACUCCGUUUUGGUGGUAAAGCCAGACGAUUAUAACACAUGCAACACAGCUACGCCGUUACUGUCGUUAUCUGACGGCGGUUCGGUCUUCACGUUCGACCGGUCGGGUCCCUUUUUCUUCAUAAGCGGUAACGCCCAGAACUGUCAGGAGGGUCAGAAACUCAUCGUUGUGGUUAUGGCUGUAAGGCCCGACAAGAAACCACAGCCACAACCAGCUCCCGCUCCUGCCUUACCAUCACCAUCACCCUCAGUAGUGCCCCAGCCACCCGCUGUUGCUCCGGCCACUGUGAAUCCGUCGAACGUGGAUGCUCCGGCACCUGCUCCCAGCGCUAAUGCGAAUUCGGGUUCGGGUCAUUCGGAUGGGUUUGGGCUGGCUGUGUGUGCUGGUUUGGGAAUAAUAAUGAGUUUGAGUUUUGUUUUGGGUUUUUAGAAUAAUAAUUAAUCGUAUUAUUUAUUAUGGUUAGGGUUUGUUUGUGGUUUUAGUGGAGAAUUAAUUAGUGGUGGUUUUAAUUAGUUUCAGUAAUUUGAUUGUGAAUUUUGAAUUUAUUUUUAGAAGGGUGGUGAUCAAUUUGUGUAAUGUUUGCUUUUUUCUAAUUUUGAAGGAUUGUUAAUUUUCGCAUGGUGCUUUGCUUUUUAUAUAUUUUUAUGAGAGAUUUCACUUCUUUUUCUCU